AGCUCAGAAAACCAAAUCUCACAGCUCUUUCACCUGCCAUCAGUGUGGAAAGAGCUUUGCUCAACAAGGAACCAUCAAAAGGCACAUGAGAACUCACUCGGGAGAGAAGCCAUUCACCUGCCAACAGUGUGGAAAGAGCUUUGCUCAAGAAGGAGCCCUCAAAAGGCACACGAGAACUCACUCGGGAGAGAAGCCUUACACCUGCCAACAGUGUGGAAAGAGUUUCACUCAAAAAGCAAGCCUUCAAGGUCACAUGAGAACUCACUCGGGAGAGAAGCCAUUCACCUGCCAACAGUGUGGAAAGAGUUUUACACGGAAAAGCAGCCUUCGAUCUCACAUGAACAUUCACACAGAAGUGAAGCCUUAUACAUGCGAACAGUGUGGAAAGAGUUUCACUCAAAAAGCAAACCUUCAAGAUCACAUGAGAACUCACUCGGGAGAGAAACCUUACACUUGCCAUCAGUGUGGAAAGAGUUUUACACAGAAAAGCAGCCUUCAAUCUCACAUGAACAUUCACACUGGAGUGAAGCCUUAUACAUGCGAACAGUGUGGAAAGAGUUUCCCUGCAAAACAAAACCUUAAAGUUCACAUGAGAGUUCACACUGGAGAGAAGCCUUACUUCUAAAGAGUUUCUCAAAUGCAUACUCCCGUAAUUACCACAUGAAAAUUCACACUAGACAGAAUGUGUUCACGUGAUCUUUGCAGAAAGAGCCUCGCAACAGAAUUUAGCCUCAAGUGUCACAAGAUGAUUCACACUGGAAAGAAACCCUUCA